UAUGCUAUGGAGCGGACUACAUGUUGCCCGACAUGCCAGAGCAAACGUGUCCUCAAUUAGGUGUCUUAUCUCCGGCGAGGCUCGGUGACAGCGGGAUGGCAGCGAAAAGCUCCGAGGGCUCCAUCAAAUGGCAGCUCUGCUACGACAUCUCAGCCAGGACCUGGUGGAUGGAUGAGUUCCAUCCCUUCAUCGAGGCCUUGCUGCCCCAUGUCCGGGCCUUCGCCUACACCUGGUUCAACCUGCAGGCGCGUAAGAGGAAGUACUUCAAGAAGCACGAGAAGCGAAUGUCGAAGGAGGAGGAGCGCGCCGUGAAGGACGAGCUGCUCAGCGAGAAGCCGGAGGUGAAGCAGAAGUGGGCGUCGCGUCUCCUGGCCAAGCUGAGGAAGGACAUCCGUCCAGAGUUCAGGGAGGACUUCGUGUUGACGGUGACGGGGAAGAAGGCGCCGUGCUGCGUCCUGUCCAACCCCGACCAGAAGGGCAAGAUGAGGAGGAUCGACUGCCUGCGCCAGGCGGACAAGGUGUGGAGGCUGGACCUGGUCAUGGUGAUUUUAUUUAAAGGGAUUCCUCUGGAAAGUACCGACGGCGAGAGGCUGGUCAAGUCUCCUCAGUGCUCCAACCCCAGCCUCUGUGUCCAGCCUCAUCACAUCGGGGUCUCGGUCAAGGAGCUGGACCUCUACCUGGCCUACUUCGUCCACACAGAAACCGGCCAAUCAGAGAGCCCCAACCAGGCCAACGAAUCAGACAUCAAGGAGCAGCCGGAGAACGGUCACCUUGGUUUCCAGGACAGCUUCGUGACACCAGGAGUUUUCACGGUGGCUGAACUCGUACGAGUGUCUCAGACUCCCAUUGCAGCCGGUACCGGUCCAAACUUCUCUCUGGCCGACCUGGACAGCUCCUCCUACUACAGCAUGAGUCCAGGAGCCAUGAGGAGACCACUGCCCAGCACCUCCUCCUCCAGCUCUGCCAAGAGGAUAAAGUGCAUGGAGGAGGACGUGGACAGUCCUGGGGAGGAGUCCUACUACCCCGGCCAGGGCCGGUCUCCAGGCAACGGCAGCCAUUCCAGCAGCUGGCACGACGUGGAGCCAGCUGGAUAUAAGCUACGUGGCUCUCUAGCUAGCUCGUUCAUCUCCCGACAAGGGAUGCUGUCGCCCACCGCCGCCCUAAAGAAGUCAGAGAAGUCUGGUUUCUGUGGCUCCGCCCCCUCGCCCGCCGCCGCCUCCUCCACCACCUCCUCCUCUUCUUCCUCCUCCUCCCCCCGAACGGCUUUCACACACCAUCACCGGGCCGUCAUUACCGGGCCUCGAGCGAGCCCCCACGCCCCCCCCUCCAGCCUCCACUUCUCCUCCUCCCCCAUCCUGCAGCAGCCUGGUUCCUACUUCUCCCACCCGGCCAUCAGGUACCACCCCCAGGAGACGCUCAAGGAGUUCGUCCAGCUGGUGUGUCCUGACUCCGCCCAGCAGGCCGGACAGGUGGGCUUCCUCAACCCUAAUGGUAGCUCCCAGGGGAAGGUCCACAACCCCUUCCUGCCGACGCCCAUGCUGCCUCCUCCUCCGCCCCCCCCCAUGGCCCGUCCUGUCCCGCUGCCGGUCGACGCCAAGCCGCCCUCCACCUCCUCCACAGAGGGGGGAGGCAACUCACCCACCUCCCCCACCUACUCCACCCCCACCACGUCUCCGGCCCAGAGGUUCGUCAGCGUCGGACCCAGAGACCCCAGCUUUAACAUCCCUCAGCAGCCACAGGUAACACGGUUUAUUCAGCAACACGCAGCAACACGCAGCAACACACAACAACACACAACAUACACACAGCAACACGCAGUCAGUUAA